ACUUCACUUACGAAUCGAUUCAGAAUUUGUGAAGAGAAAGAUCAUCUCAGAGUUCAUGCCAUCCGAAAACGCAGAGAAUUAUGGAAUUGAAUCUGCCUGGUAACGCCAGUUUUGUGUCGUUUCUUAUAAAGGUCGUCGUCGUCAUGAUCAUCAUAAGCUUCAGGGCCUGUGGACAAGAUCCUACAUACAUAUACCACAUAUGUCCGAACACGACAACUUAUACAAGGAACGACUCCUACUUCACCAAUCUCGAAACCCUUUUGACCACUUUUUCGUCCAACGAUGUAACCUACUACUCCACCGGAUUCCAGAACAUCCCUGCAGGGCAGAGCCCCGACAUGGUCAUCGGACUAUUCCUCUGCCGCGGAGACAUCUCACCGGAAGUCUGCCGUGGUUGUGUGGCCUUUGCCGCCAACGACACUCUGCGUCGCUGCCCGAAUGAGAAAGAGGCGUUGAUCUGGUACGACGAGUGUAUUCUAAGGUACUCUGACAGAAACAUUCUCUUGGUCCCUGCAACGGACAGUGGGAUAAUCUUGAUGAACACCCAGAACAUUUCGGCUAGCCAAAGAGACCGGUUCAACGAUUUGCUCUUCUCAACGAUGGAACAGGCUGUUGAUGAGGCCUUGAAUAGUUCCAGAAAGUUCUCCACGGUGCAGGUGGAGUUUACAAAGUCGGAGAAGCUGUACACUCUAGUUCAGUGCACUCCUGAUCUUACAAGACAGGAUUGUGAAAGCUGUAUGCGAAAAUCCAUAAAUGAAUUACCUCGUGGUAUGCUUGGGGGAAGAGUUCUUCUUCCGAGUUGUUACUCAAGGUACGAGCUUUACCCAUUCUCCAAUGGAAGCCGGAUUCCAACUCCUCCGCCGCCACCGCCGAUGUCAGCUCCCCCACCUCCGCCACCGCCAGGGAAAGGUAGGAAUUCUUCUGUGGUAGUCAUCGCAGUUGUUGUGCCGAUUGCUGUUGCAGUUGCACUUUCCAUAGCUGGUUAUUGCUUCCUAGCAAAUAGAGGAAGGGGGACUUAUGGUAGAGCAACUGCUGAUGACGGUGGUGAUGAUAUUACGACCUCAGGCUCACUACAGUUCGACUUUAGAACAAUUGAAGCCGCAACAGAUCAUUUCUCAAAGAGCAACAGGCUCGGUCAAGGUGGAUUUGGUGAAGUUUUCAAGGGUACGUUACCAAACGGGACACAAGUUGCAGUGAAGAGGCUGUCAAAGACAUCGAACCAAGGUGAAGACGAGUUCAAGAACGAGGUUGUUCUUGUUGCAAAGCUUCAGCACAGAAAUCUGGUCAGGCUUCUCGGUUUCUGCACAGAAGGAGAAGAAAAGAUACUUGUCUUCGAGUUUGUGCCCAACAAAAGCCUCGACUAUUUUCUCUUUGACACUACAAGGCAAAGCCAGUUGGAUUGGCGCACACGGUACAAGAUCAUUGGAGGGAUUACUCGAGGAAUCCUUUAUCUCCAUCAAGAUUCACGCCUCACAAUCAUACACCGCGACCUCAAAGCAAGUAACAUUCUCAUAGACGCUGAUAUGAACCCGAAAAUUGCAGACUUUGGAAUGGCGAGGAUUUUUGGGAUGGACCAAACCGAAGCAAACACAAAAAGGGUAGUUGGAACCUACGGUUACAUGUCACCAGAGUAUGCAAUGUAUGGUCAAUUCUCCAUGAAAUCCGAUGUAUACAGUUUUGGAGUCUUAGUUCUGGAGAUCAUAAGCGGCAAGAAGAACAGCAACUUCUACCAAAUGGACGAUACCGUCGACAACUUGGUCACAUAUGCUUGGAGGCAGUGGAGCAGUGGCUCACCGCUCGAACUCGUGGACCCGAUUAUUGGAGAGAAUUACCCGAAGGAGGAAGCCAUUAGAUGCAUACAUUUGGGUCUAUUAUGCGUUCAAGAAGAUCCCGCUAAGCGUCCAACGUUGUCGACCAUCCACCAGAUGCUCACGAAUUUCUCGAUCUGUCUUCCGAUGCCUCAGGAACCGGGAUUUUUCUUCGGAAGUAGACAAGUUCCGGACCGAGCGGCUAACGGACCGGGGACGGAUAAAUCUGCAAACAACUCUAUUCUUUGCUCUAUUGAUGGUGCAUCCAUUACCGAGUUAGGGCCUCGUUGAAGACAUGAGCUCUCUUCAUGUGUUGCAGUUUCAUUGAUGCAUCUCCCAAUGCAACAUGUUCGUUAAUUCUGAAUUUCAUACCUUGAGCCUGACACGUGUCAAAUUAUAAGAUAAGAUUCUUGUUGUUAUUGUUAUUAAUCACAGAACAGAAUUUAAAUAGACAAUGUAAA